GGAGAUUACAACCUGGUCGUGUAUUACAAAAACAAACCUAUCAAGAUACAAUCUUUCUCUGUGGGGAAAACGGACGCCACGGUCAAUGUGCAAAUAUCUGGAGACGGGCGUGAGUAACUGAUGGCUUCUACUUUCAACAAUCUCAUUUAUAUAUAUAACAAUUCUGAACUCAUAUUUUGAAAUUUCAAAUGCAAAGUCAUCUGAAAUGAAGAAUUUUCAACUAAUUAUUUAAAGUUUGAAGGAUCCUAGGCCCUGGAGAUUUUAAAACACAUUAAAUAAUGCACUUUACUUUAUUAAAUCAAAAAAUCAAAUAGUUCACUACUACACAAUAUUUUGCAUUCUUGGUUUCUAUUCUAUUGGCGAUGCAAAAAUCAAGUCAAUAAUAAUGAGCAUGACCCAAUUCUAUUGUAAUUUAUUUUAAUUCAUUUAUUUUGAUUUCUCCUUAAGAUGAGAUCCAACUCCCGGUCCAGCACAACCCGUUCGCGAGUGUCGCCGUGACCCACUCCACCACCAGCGCCGGUCUGAGGAACGAGGGCACGGCCACAUCGACAUCCACCUCCCAUCAGCUGGCGUGCGUAACCAGGUGGUCAGCCGUGUCUGAGGUGGGAGACGACAAAGCGGUCGAGGUGUCCUGCAACGCCAAUGAGAUACUCACCGGCUGUACCAGCUACCUUAAGGUAAGGACUGAAUAGUUGAUACUGACUUACUGUAUCAGCUACCUUAAGCUAUGGACUAAAUGGUUGAUACUGACAUUAAAGUAAACACAGAAUGGUUGAGAUUAGCUUAACGUACUAGCUAACUCAAGUUAAGCAAUGAAUAAUUAAUAACUUACUGUUCUUGCUACCUUAAGGUAAGGACUGAAUUGUUGAUACUAACUUACUGUUCCUAAUACGAAUUUAAUCCUUUUAAAACUCUGUUAGUGUUACGUAGUGUGUCUACAGCUUAAGGUAACUUUUUGUUUUACAAAUAGUGGAGAAAUGUUUUUUCUAUAGACUACAGAGCUUAAUGGAUUAAAGAGCGUAAAUGGGAAAACAGACAAGAGACAUAAUAUUUCAUGUAUACAUUUAAGAUGACUUGUGUACAUGUCUAACUGGCAAUGUUAGUUGUAGAGGACUUCGUCAGGGCGAGACUUCAAGAGAAAUCCAAACCCGUUCACGACAUGUGUUUUUAGGGAUACUUAUUUUACCAUCAGCAUUGAGCUCUAUCCCACAUGUAAUCAUUAGUAUGUGCUCAACGUCUAUGACAGAACAACGACUGGCACCGAGAUGGGGAACAGAUUGGGUUCAGCAACGGAAUGGCCACUUGU